CCCUCUGCAGUACUUUGUAUAAGUUGCAACAACAAAAAACAUGUGCAGCCUUACAACCACAAAGGACAAUAUGUGUUUAAAUGAGGAUACACAUUGUGGAAACAGGAUGAAGUUGACCAGUGAAAAGCUGCCUAAGAGCCCCUUUUAUUCCUCUCUAUCUCAGUAUGCUGGUAAACACCAGAAAUCCUUCCAAUGGAAGAAAGAAAAGCCUGAUUAUUACAACCAUGCUAAUUUGGUGGAUAAAGCUCUGCAGUUCUUGAAAGAAAGAAUCAUAAGAGGGGAUGCUCUGGCAUAUUUUCUAAGAGGUCAACUCUAUUUUGAAGAGGGAUGGUAUGAAGAAGCAUUAGAACAGUUUGAAGAAAUCAAGGAUAAAGAUCAUCAAGCAAUUUAUCAGUUAGGAGUGAUGUAUUACGACGGACUGGGGACCAUUGCAAAUGCUGAAAAAGGAGUGGACUGUAUGAGGAAAAUUCUUGAUUCUGCAUGUCCCCAAACAAGACACUUAAAGCUUGCUGCUGCUUAUAACCUUGGAAGAGCUUAUUAUGAAGGAAAAGGUGUAAAACGAUCUGAUGAGGAAGCUGAAAGACUGUGGCUUCUUGCUGCGGACAAUGGAAAUCCAAAAGCUAGCGUGAAGGCUCAAAGUAUUCUAGGACUGUACUAUUCAACAAAAGAGCCCAAACAGUUAGAAAAGGCAUUUUUCUGGCACUCAGAAGCUUGUGGCAAUGGAAAUCUGGAGUCCCAGGGUGCACUUGGUCUUAUGUACUUUUACGGACAGGGAAUCCACCAGGAUACUGAGGCUGCCCUGCAGUGCUUACAAGAAGCAGCUGAACGUGGGAAUGUCUACGCCCAAGGGACUCUUGUAGAGUAUUACUACAAGAUGAAAUUUUUUACGAAGUGUGUUACGUUUUCCAAAAGGAUAGCAGACUACGAUGAGGUUCACAACAUCCACAUGAUAGCCCAGGUCACCGACUGUCUCCCAGAGUUCAUCAGCAAAGGCAUGGCCAUGGCGUCCUUCUACUAUGCACGGUGUCUCCAGCUUGGCUUGGGCAUCCCAAAAGAUGAAGCAGCUGCCAAGCACUAUUAUUCUAAAGCUUGCCGUCUGGACCCUAUAUUGGCAGAUGAACUUCACUCCUUACUUAUUCAUCAAAGAAUUUAGACCACAAUGCAUUUCAACAAAGACCACCAAUCCUAACCUAUACAAUGUGUGUAUGUUUAUAGCAGCUACACUUAUUUCUGCAUCCUGAGUCACAUUAUCAAGGGCAUUUACAGAUGUUGUUUUCAUUCUUAAAUGUGUAGCCUGUAAUUUUUACAACCUGAAACUUAGACAGAGAAUCAAAUUCCUGGACUAGUCCUCAGAGGCCUGCCUCUUAACCUGUGGAGUGGCCUGGACUGAAUCAAGUGUGAACCACUCUAUAAAGCAAGUAUCUUUGGUGUCUGGACUGGCUUAGUGUAGCUUGAGCUUUGUAAUUUCCAAAGUAAAAGGGCUGCCAACUUAGUUUAAAAAUAUAAUUGAAAGCUUAAUUUUUAAAAAACUA